AUGAACGGACUUUCAAUAUUUCUUCAUACAGAACUUUUACAAAUCGUGGAUGAAACUAAGCGUAGGCAUCAUGAAAUCAAAGAGGCCACAGAAAAGUCGAUUAUCGUUGUAAGAUCCCUAAUAGAGCAACCUGAUAUUAAUGUGUCCAAAGAACUUUCAAAACACACCGAUUUUUUACUUCCAUUUACUCUUGCUUGUGAAGCAAAAAAUCUGAAAUUGAUAACUAUAUCCAUAGGUUGCUUACAUAAAUUGGUAUCAUAUCAUGCUGUUCCUGAGUCUUCCAUUAAAGCUAUCGUAAAGAUUCUCAGUGACUUAGUAUCACAAGGCGUUGAAAUUCAACUCAAAAUCUUGCAAACUAUCCCACCUUUGCUAAAUAAUUAUCAAUCAUUGCAAGGUGAUCUACUUAUAGAGGCUUUAUUAAUAUGUUUUCGUCUUCAAGAUUCUAAAGUUAUUGUAGUCAGUAACACUGCUGCUGCUACGUUGCGUCAAUUGGUAAUCAAUAUUUUUGAUAAAGUUCUUUUAGAUGACGAAACAAAUGAAAAAGGUACAAUAUAUCCAAAGUUGGACGCAAAAUUAAGUCUAGAUGUAAAUGUUUUGUCUCUUCGUCGAUAUGCGAGAGAUGCUUAUUAUAUUUUUCAAGAUUUAUGUUUAUUAUCCAAUGGAGAACAGCCUAUGCUUCUCAAGUUAAAUAGUUUAUCAAAAACACUUUGUUGGGAAUUAAUAGAAUCAGUAUUGUCUAAUCAUUUUAAACUAUUUGAAUUGUAUCCGGAAUUUACGUUUUUACUCAGAGAACAUGUUUGUCCUCUUAUGUUAAAAAAUUUAACUGUCAAAUAUGACUUUUCAACUACUAUGAGAAUGUUGCGAAUUGUUUAUAUUCUAUUAAAUAAAUUUAGCGAUAUUUUGGUCUUAGAAUGUGAAAUUUAUCUCAAUAUGCUUGUAAAAUUUCUUGAACCAAACUAUCCAUUAUGGCAACGAGUUAUUUCAAUGGAAGUAUUUCAUGGAAUUUGUACGGAUGGUGCUCUUUUACGCACUAUUUAUUUUUAUUUUGAUAAACAAAACCAUUCUACAAAUGUGUAUAAAGAAAUGAUUAAUGCUUUUGGUCGAUUAGCAACUGAGAGACCAUAUGCAUUUGGUAAAAAUAGUAAUUUUUUAAAUGGGCAUUCGUAUCAAUUCAUAGAAGAUGAUGGACAAAAAGACAUUGGUAGUCUUAAUAUUGCGUGCUCGAUAAUGAAAAUUAAAUGCAUUGACCAGAUGGACAAGUCAGAUCCACCACAAAUUCCAGAAACUUACCUCUAUUAUCUGACUCUUUUAUGCCUAAAUUCUAUUGUGGAUGGUCUUCACGAUUUUGUAAUAAAAAAUCUUACUAGUGUUAUUCAAGAUCAAAAGAGAACAUCCUUACAAUCUAAAUCACAAAUUCUUGUGGCAGAUAUGGCAAAUACUUCAUGGCCUGGAUUACUUGCUGCGUUAUCAUUUUUCCUCUCUUCAAACCUUGAUGAUGAACUAUUUAAUAUUGUUUUACGUUCUUAUCAAAAUUUUACCAUUGUUUGUGGUUUUCUUCAUCUUUCAACUCCUCGUGAUGCUUUUAUAACAUGUUUAUGCAAAAGUGCAAUUCCUCAUAUUAAUAUAUCACCAUCAGAAAUUAAUACGCGUGAGUCUGACGGUGAAAAUAAUACAAAAACAGAAGAAUUAUCUGUCAGAGGCUUAUCUUGCUUGAAAUCAUUAUUAAGUAUUGCACAGACUACUGGAGGGGUUUUAGAUGAUUCAUGGUAUUUGGUAUUAGAAACAGUACAAUCAUUACAUUAUAAGUUCUUCUCGAAACGUGCUAAUAAGAAAAAGAAUCGCAGGCUUAAUAUGCAUCACACUAAAUCUGAAUCUAUCACUUCUUUACCCUCACAAAUAACUUCUGGCAGUAGCAGUUCAUCAUCACUCAACCAAACAACAAAACCGUUAAUUGUACAAAUGACGUGUUUGAGUCCUUCUGAAGCUACACCUUCGGAAACUCCAGAUAUAUAUCCUCAACCAUCAGAGCAUGUAUCUAAAACAGGGACACCUAUAAUCUCUAAUUCAGAACCACAUAAGGAUGAGUUAAAUAGCCUUAAGAUACAAAUCAAUACAUUGGUUGAUAAUUGCAAGUUUCUUAACGAUAUAGCUCUACAAUGUUUUAUACGUUCCUUGUGUAAACUUAAUGCUCAAAUGUGUGGAAUUCAACUUAAUGAACAACUUCAAGUAGCUGAUCAAGAACUAAUAUUAAUAGAUGAUUAUAUUCACAAACCCGUUACUUUAAGAGCUUUGCGCGUCAAUAAAAGUCGUAAAAAGUCUUUUGCAAUUAAAACGUUGCAUUCUGCGGCGAUUUUAAAUAUGCAUCGAAUGAUCGCGUGUGAUUCAUCUCUCAUCUGGGAUUUAGUUACAUCUCACUUAAUCAUAAUCACAAAUCAUAUUUCAACUCCUCAUAAUAUUCGUAUACAAGCUUGUGAAGCUCUAGCGGAUAUUAUAAUUUCAGCUGUUAAUUAUGUUUCUUUAUCACAAAUAAAAAAUAAUGAACGUAUUCAAUCUCAACUUCUUAUUUCUCUUUAUAAUAUGAUUGAUAAUUCCGAAUGGAUUUCUUUACGUUCUAGUAGUGGGGCUUAUAUUGAAGUUCAAAAAAUUAGACUGGAAACACUUAAUAAAUUACUUGAAACUUCUGGUAGAUCUGGGUAUUCUUUCACUUUCGGAUGGAAUGUUAUUUUAGAUAUAAUUAAAAGUGUUUGCGUAUAUGCUAGUUCUGGUGAGACAAUAGAAAAUGAUGCUGUUAGUGAUGAUAAUCUUAGCAUAUUAGAUGAAUCAAUGUUUUAUAUAUCUGAUACAAAAAUUUCAGACUUGGUUCUUGUGGCUUUUCCUUCAUUGCAACUUAUUUGUAAUGACCUUUUGUCAUUGCUAUCCCCUAAAUAUUUAAAAGAAUUAAUUAACACAUUAGGUGCAUUUGGUCUACAAACGGAUGAUUUAUAUAUAAGUUUAAAAUCUAUCGGACUUUUGUUGAAUAUCUCUGAGUUUGUACAAACUAAACGUUCUGAUCAUAAUUACAAUAUUAAGAUGAUCAAAAAUGUUGCACUUGAUACAAAUGAUGUUGAUAAAGUUAUCAUAAGAGAAUCUACAUCUAUUAUGGAUAUACUUUGGAUGUUAUUAUUAUCACAACUUUUGAAAAUUUGUUCAGAUAUUCGACCAGAAGUACGUAAUUUAGCAAUUCAAACAGUAAUUCGUUCAAUUGCAGUUUAUGGUCCAGAAUUAGAGAUAAGAAUGUUGCAUGUUUGCAUCCAGAAAAUUUUAUUUCCACUUUUGGAUUCGGUAAAACAUACACCAGAUCAACAUCAAGAUUUGAACUUGACAUCACGAAAAGAAUUUGAUGGAUUCCUGUUUUGUCAAUCAAGAAAUGCAACUGAUAAGCAAUGGGAUGAGACCAAGAUUUUAGCUUUGACAGGAAUUUCUAAACUUUUUAAAAAUUUCAUGCCAAUAUUAACAAAAUUUGAUGGAUUUCGACAACUAUGGGAAUCAUUACUUUCUCAAUUUGAAUAUUUUUGUUUACAAUCCAGUUUGGAAGUUUCUAUUGCUGCUUUCAAAUCCUUUAACAUGGUAAUACAAUAUCCCUUUCAACACAAAAUUCAAUCUAAUAAACUUUGUGAAAAGAUAUUACCAUUUUGGCAAAUAGCUUGGAAUUAUUGGGAGAAAAUUGGGUUGGGAAUUAUUAAAACCUCGGAUCAAAAUGAUAUUUUAGAUAUGAAAAGUUCAACGACAAUACAUUUUACACAAGAUGCUCUUAGAAUAUAUUUUUUGAUUUUUGGUGAUAUUUACAAAAUAAUUCAUUCAGAAUUUACUAUACAUGAAUUAAAAAAAAUUUUCAAAAUUUCUUAUGGAAUAUUAACUUAUUCUAAUAGUCCAUUUUAUAUGUCCGAUUCUGAUUGUCUCUCACCUUUACAAGAAUCUAUAUUAGAAAUUAUUGGACAAUUUGAUUUGAAUAUUUCAAGUGUACCUGCAGUAGUUUUAGAAAAUUUUGCAGAUUAUAUUAUUCUCGCAUUUACAAAAAAACAAAUGGACGAAAAGCCAAAAGGAAUAUAUGGUUCAGUUGAACAACAAAUCUUGACAAAAGAAGCAAACUCAAGUAAUAAAUUUUUAAAUGGAGAGAUUAUUGGCAUAUCAAAAUCUAAAAAAUCAUAUUCAACAGUUACUUAUAUUGCAUUUUCAAAAACUGUUAUGCAAUUGGCUAAAGAUUUAUUUAAAACUUAUGUUAAUGAUCAAAUAGUUUAUUUGGAAGGAAUAUUUAAAAAGAUUAUGAAAGCAUAUGGUGUUCCUAUGAAAUUGAAAUAUGAUUGUCCUCUAUCAGGAAAAUAUGAUGAUAAUGCUGAACUUUGGAAAGUAGCAUCAACUGCAUUUUUAGAUGUAGUGAAUCAUGGUUUAUGUGCUUUGGAUCGUAUUGGUGAUGCCAUUUCUGAAGAAUGUAUCGUAAGCAUAUGGGAGCAGAUAUUAGAUGCUCUUCAUAAUACUUUGGCACAUAAAAGUAAACCACCAUCAUCUAUUCAAAUUGAGCAGCUAAACAUAGACGAAUCCUUUGAUAUAAAAUUUCUUUCAGAAUUACAAACACGCGUGUUAAUUCACCUGGGACAUUCACGUGUUCCCCAAUCUCUCAUACAUAAUGUGGUGAAAAUAAUAUAUGAAGGGUCAAAAUUAUAUUAUCCAGAAACUGAUAAACUGACAAUUUGGAAUGAAAAUAUAGAUGAAAAUUCUCAAUCAUCUGAUGACUUGGAAAUGCCAUGUUGUAACCGAAUGUUAAAAAAUAUUAAUGGAACACCAGUUUCUAUUACACCAGUAGAACGAGAAAGAUUUGCCUAUGCUUGUUUACAAUGUUUAUUUGAACUAUGUUCUGAUGAAAAAGAUGAUUAUUUUGAUAUAAGACAAAGAAUAGCUAAAGUAACGGCUCCUAUCUUACUAAAACGAUGUGCCUUUGUAAUUCGUAAUUAUACUGUUGACCAACCACUGUUUGGAGGGUUUCCUUUUUUAAGAGUAAGGAAUGAUGAAAUAUCAUUUGUGUUGCGAAAGCUGUUAGAAUUACGAUUUCGACAAAAUAUAUUACAUUUUAAUGAAAAUUCAACAACUAGUCCUUUGAAAAAACACAUCUUAUCAGGCCAAAAUGCACAUUUAUUUUAUUUACAUCCUGUUAUAAGUGAAGCUAUUUGUUUAAAAGAUUCCAAUAUUGAUGAAUUGUUAAAAAAAUGUUUAAGAAAAAUUGGAGAAGAAUUGGGA